AUGACCUCAUUGAGGUCACAAGCAUUAAAAAAAUUGGCCCAAUUAUCCUCAGAUGAGUCUGCUCAAUUUGGUGUGGCUAAUGAUGGAUCCUCGACACUUGAUAUGCUGACUCAUUCUUUGCCAAUAUUCUACUCUACUAAUGUGUCAAAAUUAUACACUAUUCCAUUAAAUUUGAAUGAGUGGGAUGUUCUAUAUGCGAUCACCUCUUCAAAAGUCAAGAGUCUUGAGCAAGCACAUAAGUUAUUGGAUGACGUUAUCUCCGUAUAUUUUGUCGAGUCUCCAAGACAGCGUUUUUCUGAUGUGUUAAUUAUGAAAUUUAAACAAGAAUUGUUGAGAAACCCAAAUGAAAUCUCGACUUUCCAACUGACUCGAUUCAUUUUGUCCAUCUCUAACAGUUUUCCUGAGUUGAACGAUAAGUGUUUCUCAUUAAUCGAAAAAUAUUUGUCGUUGGUUCAAUCACUGUUUUUGAUUAAACCAUCCGUGCUAUUCUCAUUCCUAGGUUUUUUAAAUGCAGUUUCUUCCUCCAUGGACGAUGUAUCGAUUGAUUUAUCUAAGAAGACAUGGUGUUCAAUUAUCAAUAUCAUCAAUUCAUCAAAUUUCUUCCAAGAGAUUGAAAAAGUUUUGUCCUCGUCAUCUGAUUUCAUCAAUGACAGUGUUGUAGAAUAUUUCAAAGCUGGUCAUGAAAUUAGUGGCCCAUUAUUUUUCGAAGUAAUUACAAGUAUUGGUCUAGCUUUAGCAAAUACUAUUGUGUUCAAGAAUAUGAAAGACAUCGGUAUUGAUAUUUUAAAUGAUAGUCAAAUGUUCUCAAGAAAUAUUCUACAAUUAAAACACAUUGAAUACAAUAUCGAUCAAGAUCCUUCAAUUGCAACUGAUAUAAAUAUUACAACUAUUGACACUUUCAACCAAAUCCUAAAGAAUAAUGCUGAAGUGUUAACUUCAUUAACUGAUUUUGCUUUGGAAAAUGCUGCUGAUCUUGAUAAUCUAGAUCUAUCCACUUUAAAUAGAGCAAAAUAUACUUUUAAUUCCAGAGCGAAUCUAUUGCAAAUAACAUGCUUAGUGCCAUUCUAUAGCAGUCUGGAAUCAAAAAUGUUUGAGGAUAUGACAAGUGUUGUCUCUAACUACAUGGAAAAUAUUUUAUUAUCGGGUUAUAUCAGCCCACAGUUAAUAAAAUCUAUUAUUAGUUCAGUCUCCUUACUAAAUUAUUAUACAGAAGAAUAUUCUUCUACUAUAUUACGUCUUUUCCCUAUAUUAGUGGCUUCAGACAACAUUACGAGAGAGACUGUGGAAGAAGUAUCUGUAACAUUCACUUUAGGUUUACAACCUUUAAAUGAGGACACUAUUGUCAAUACUAUUUAUUCAAUUAAUAAUAUGAUUACCGUUAAUGAUAACGGUUCACCAAGCUCAUUGAUAAGAGAAAGAAAGUUAACUGGAACAAUUUCUAGUAUGCCGAUGAAGGGUAGAUCAUUAACUAUAGAUACAUUAGAUGCAAUCAAAAACUUUUCGUCUGCACACAAUAGUCAUGAAAGUAGUCCAAUUCCUGGCCAAUCACUAUCUAAUGCUACAUUUCACGGAAAUUUAUUUGAGAAUUGUAUCUCAGCUUCGAUUGUCAUCACAAAUAAUUAUAAUGUUCCAUCUAUAACUGCAUUGACGACUACUAUUUUAACUCAGAAGUUUGGUGUAAUUUCAAAGAAUUUGGACAAAAUUAUUAUCAAAUUUUUAGCAAAACUAGUUACCUGUGUAACUAGCGCUGAAUUUUCUUUAAUCUUGAAGUUCUAUAGACUUGCAACUCAAACGUCAGCCAAAAAUGAUGAUGCAAAUUUAUCAGCAGAUAUCGUUUCUGCUAAGGUUUUUAUUGCAAAUCAAUUGAGAAAAGGGCCAAAAUCUUCAGAAAUUUUUAAACUGUACUUACAUGAUUUACUAGAUAGCAUUAUAUCUAGCGGUGAAGUAGAGCAUAAGGAACACAGAACUGAUACAGAAAUCUCUAAAGUUGCUGAACAGAUCUCGUCUCUUCUACGUCCAUUAUCAGCAUUAUUACCAACUCUUGAUGAGGAACCUCUAGAUUUAAGUUCUGAUGAACUAUUUACUAAUAUGUUUAGAAAUAUUUGGUUUAAUAUGGCUAUCCAUGGGUUUUAUUAUAAUGCCGAAUUUCUAUUACCAUACAAGAAAUAUUUACUGAUAAUUGCGUAUAAUACAUCACCAUUAGCAUCUGAUUUCCCUGCCAACAAGAAAGAGAUUUCUGUUGAAAUGAAUACAGUGUUACGUCGUAGUACAUCAAGUACCAUUGAAAAGAAACAAAAAAACCUUAUUUCAGGGUUUUUAUCCAGCAGCACAGUUCAGUCAAGAUCACCAGCUUGUGAAAGAAUAAUGUUUUUAGCUGCAGCACAUCAUUUAGAAUUUCUCAGGUGUGAUGCUGGCGAUUGCUCAAAGAUGUUAUUAUAUUUCUCUGAUUCUUCAAUUAUCUCUUCAUCAAUUUCAAGGAGUAUCGACUUAAUGAAUACUGCAAUUACGCAUAAAUAUACAAAUUCAGUUCAGUUGGGCAAUUUGGAGAUAUUUAAUUCUAAAGCCGUUGCCAAGCAACUAAAUAAUAUUAUUUUACUACUUGCUCAUAAGAACGAAAUGUUACAAAACUCUGCGUUCCACACCUGUGAAAGAUUAAUCAAGACUGUUCCAUCUUCUCUUUGUCGUCACCAGUCUCUAUAUACAUUAUUGGAUUUAAUGACAGUUAUUUUCGAUGGUGUUAUUGAUUGUGAAAGAAAUAGAUUUGAACCACAUUAUAUUUUUCAUCUGAAACAUUCCAAGACAAAGGUUUUAUUACAAAAUUCUAUUAGUUGGCGUAGAAAUGCUUUAUCUAGACUUUCAAAGAGUGCAAAAUCUUGGAUCAAAAUAGUUAUGAGCAAAUGUCCUUUAGAUCUUAAAAUGUUAUUCCAUUCAUAUCUUUCUGAUUUUAAUGAUUAUAAUAUCGAACACACAGUUGAGUACGGUGUUUCUUUUGCAAUUGAAAUGGCUGGUGCUAUUUUACCUGUUGAUAGAGAGCUAUCUCGAUUAAGCCUGGUUGGUAAUGAAAAACCAAAUAAUAUAGCUGGUUUCUUUUCUCAGCAUUCAUGGAAAUCUAAAUAUUUGGUUGAUAUGGUAAUUUCAUCAUCUCCUGUUGAUAUUUACAAACAAAUCGGUGAAUAUGCACAAUCAAUUAGAACCUGUAUUUCAGAAAAAACCACAAUUGGACAAGACUUGUUAAACAAAAUUUUUGAUCUUUCAUUUGCACUAAUUAUUAACAGAACUCCUGGAUCCAUAAGUCUAAUUAAAGAUUUAGUUCACAUCCCUUUUGAAAUAUUAACUGGUAAUUCUAUGAAAACAGGUAUUAAUAUUUGGUUAUCAAUAAUGAAGGAAAGAGAAGAUCUUUCUUUCUACUUAUUGUCUGAAAUUGGAAUGUGUUGGAUGCGGUCUAUUGAUAAUAAAAUUGGUUUAUACUCUAAUGAACUUGAUUUAGUUAAAGAAGAAAAUCAAAUGAUGGAAUAUAAAGAAUAUAAUAAAAAGCUAAUUAACAAGAAUAUUUCUUUGGCAGAGUCAUUAUUAAAGCCUCAUAGAUUAUUAAUAAACUUUUUGAGUUCAUAUUUUGAGGGAUCUAUGUUCCAAAGUCAUUCCUUGUUAAAAUUAUUUAACAUUUGGAUUUUGAAUGCGGUCACUGAAUUGAAAACAGCUUCCUUACACCCCUAUGCUAGGUUAGUUCGUAAUGAAUUGAUAAUAUUUGCUAUAUUGGUGCUCAAUGCAAACUUAAAGAGGCCAACAAAAGCAAUCCCAGACUUAUCAUCUUCUAUCGUUAUUGGUAAUUUAUCAUGGUUCAAAAAACCUCUUUCUUGGCCAUUUGGUGCUGAUCAAUUGAGAAAUGAAGCCGAUUUGGCAGUUUCAGUUGAAUUAUUAUCAAAAUUAGAACAUAUAAUGCCAACAUUAAGUGCAUAUUGUAAAAAUGAAUCUGCACUAUUGAAAAUAGCUUUAAAAUUGGAUAUUUAUAAUAUGAAAACAUGGUUAUCUCCUUUAGCAAAAAUUGAUAAACCGAAAACACCAUUAAGCUUAGAACUAUUGAACGCUGCAAUUAAAAUUGAUCCUCAAAUCGCAUAUAACAUAUCACAGUUUUUGAAUGUCGACAAGGGUAAAUCUGCUUUAUUGUCAGCUAUCGUUAGUAACCCGCUUCAAUUCGUCGGUGUUUCUGAUGUUUUGGAUUUAUUACUAUCUUCAAGUUCUUCUAGCAAAGAUAGAAACAAUUUGCACUACAUUACUUAUUGGAGCCCAACUACUCCAUUAAAGUCCAUUAAUUUAUUAUUGCCACCUUGGACAACCAAUAAAUAUAUUUUACAAUAUGCUGUUUAUUCAUUAGAAUCUCAUGAUGUCAAUGUUACGUUCUUUUAUGUUCCUCAAAUUGUUCAAUGUUUAAGAUAUGAUAAGACAGGUUAUGUGGAAAGAUUGAUAUUAGACACUGCAAUGAUAAGCGUUUUAUUUUCCCAUCAAAUUAUUUGGAAUAUGUUAGCAAACUGUUAUAAGGGUGAUGAAGGUUUAAUUGAAGACGAAAUCAAACCUAAAUUAGAUUUAGUAAGAAAAAGAUUAGUCGCCAAAUUUUCUACCAGACAUAGAGAGUUUUAUGAAAGAGAAUUUAAGUUCUUCAAUGAGGUUACUGGUAUUUCUGGUAAAUUAAAACCUUACAUUAAAAAGAGUAAAGCAGAGAAGAAACAAAAAAUUGAUGAAGAGAUGGCUAAAAUCGAUGUUGAGCCUGGUGUGUAUUUGCCAUCAAAUCCAGAUGGUGUAGUGGUUGAUAUUGCUCGUAAGAGCGGUAAACCUUUACAAUCUCAUGCUAAAGCACCAUUCAUGGCUACUUUUAAAAUCAAGAGGGAAGUAGAGCCUGACGACUCGACUGCUAGUUUAUCAUCCAAUGCUGAGGGUGAGUCCAGUAAAAAUGGAAAUAAGAAGCUUGUUGAAAAGUGGCAAGCCGCUAUUUUCAAGGUUGGUGAUGAUUGUAGACAGGAUGUUUUGGCUUUGCAAUUGAUAUCUUUGUUUAGAACCAUCUGGUCAAAUAUUGGAUUAGAUGUUUUUGUUUUCCCUUAUCGUGUCACUGCAACUGCUCCAGGUUGUGGUGUUAUUGAUGUUUUACCAAACUCUAUAUCUCGUGAUAUGUUAGGUCGUGAGGCUGUGAAUGGCUUAUUUGAGUAUUUUAUUACUAAAUUUGGUAACGAAACAACAUUCGAAUUCCAAAAUGCAAGAAAUAACUUUAUUAAAUCUCUAGCUGGUUAUAGCGUCAUUUCAUAUUUAUUACAAUUCAAGGAUAGACAUAACGGUAACAUUAUGUAUGAUGAUCAAGGUCAUUGUUUGCAUAUUGAUUUUGGUUUUAUUUUUGACAUUGUCCCAGGUGGUGUCAAAUUUGAAGCCGUGCCAUUUAAAUUAACCAAGGAAAUGGUCAAUGUAAUGGGUGGUUCAAAAGAUACCGCAGCGUUUAAAGAUUUUGAAGAAUUAUGUAUCAAGGCAUACUUAUCUGCAAGGGUUCAUAUGGAUGCCAUCAUUCAAUGUAUCGAACCAAUGAUCGGUUCUGGAUUACCUUGUUUCAAAGGUAGUAAGACCAUCAAAAAUUUGCAGAAUAGAUUCCAACCACAAAGAACUGACCAAGAAGCUGCUGUCUUUAUGAAGGGCUUGAUUAAAAAAUCAUAUGAAAGUUUGUUUACUAAAGGUUAUGACGAGUUCCAAAGGUUAACUAACGGGAUUCCAUAUUAA